UGAUACUAUAAUACUGGUAUUCAGGAUUUCUGCAAGUUCUAGAAUCUGUUGUCUCUUCAAUCAAAACAUUGCUAUUCAGAAUCUCUAACCAAUUGAAUAUUCCUUGAAUCCUGAGUUUAAUCGUAUACAACGGCUUCGAGUACAAGAAAUAAACACCACCAAGGAGAAAUAAUCAUUGUUCCCUUGUUAAUCUGUCUCUGAUCAUCUAAACUGCCAAAACAUUAAGCUUCCAAAAGCCGUCUCUUAGAAAGAUCUUCGAUCCUUAGUUCUUUUAUAGAUUAUUAAGUUGUGUAUUUCGUUUUUUAAUUCUUUACAUUCUCAUUCAUUUUUUUGGUGCAAUGGAUUCGAGUUUUCUAGUACAAAGUCAAGAGUUUCCUGAUUUUGGCUUGUUUAUGCCCAAUAAUCUGGAGUUACAUUGUAAAUCAUUAGGAUGGGUAGGAGAGUCACCACUUUCUGACAGUAAGAUGGAUGAGGUUGUUAAGAAUCCGGAUAGCUUUGGCAAAAAAGUUACCUCGGAGAGGAAGAAUUCAAUUGCUCUGAGGAACCAUUGUGAGGCUGAGAGGCGAAGAAGGGAGAGAAUCAAUGGUCAUUUUGCUACACUUCGGAAUUUCCUUCCUUCAAAUGAUAAGAUUGACAAAGCAACACUGCUAGCUGAAGUAAUUUCCCAAGUCAGAGUGCUAAAGAAGCAAGCAUAUGAGGCUUCUAAGGGGCUGCUCGUACCAACAGAUGCUGAUGAAGUUGUAGUUGAGCCAUACAAUGACGAAGACAUAGCAGAUGGCACUUUCGCAUUCAGGGUUUCAGUAUGCUGUCGUUACAAGCCAGAACUCAUCCCAUAUACGAGGAAAGCCAUCAGUGACCUUGAACUCACUAUAGCCAAGGCAGAGAUUUCUACCUUAGAGGGUAGGGUAAAGAAUGUUCUUAUUGUCACUGGCUACAAAGAUGACAAUGGUGAUGACAAAACAGACAAAUUCGCAAAGUGUAUACACGAAGCCCUGUGUUCUGUACUCCAGGAGCUUUCUGCAUCAGAAGAGAUCUUGCCAACUUCAACUUUACCUAACAAGAGACGAAAAGUCUCCUGCUUUGAAUCCUCAAUAUGGAGCCCAUCUUUGUGAGUGAAUACAUACAUGAUACAUGUGAUGUAGUGAUAUAAAUACCCUUGAGAAUUAAGAUAUAAUACCGUUGAGAAUUAAGAUAUGUUAAAAAUAAAGAUAUGCAUGAAAUAUUUCAAGAUAGUACAGUUAACACAUUCAAUAGUGUAAUAAUAUAUAAAUACCAUAGUAUUGAAAUACCCCAAAAGGGGUAUAGAUAUCUGAAUUAUUACAAUAGAUAGCCUAUGAUGUAAGAAAAACUUAUGACGGUACCAAUAAGAAAUGUAUUCAGAUA